AUGGCAUCCAUUCUUCGGCCAUUGCCUUGGCUUGGCCGGGCUUGGAAGCCACUUCCUUUCUCUAACCUGAACUUUACGCCAAUUCCACUGCAUGAGAAGAUUGAGGAGGAGCUCUUUCCCGACUACCUCGCAUCCCGUUACUAUCCAGUCCGCGUCGGCGAGAUCCUCAAAAAUCGCUAUCAGAUUGUUGGCAAGCUGGGCUUUGGAGCCAGCUCAACCGUCUGGCUGGCUCGCGACCUACCUCGACGUCGGCAUGUAGCCCUCAAGCUCUUUAUACAUUCUCAGUCCAUGGGUGAGCAGUUGGAUCGCGAACUCUCCAUAUACAAGCGCAUCUCUGCAUCAUCAUCCAAACAUUCUGGUCGCAGUGCCGUCAGGGAGCUGCUGGAUUCUUUCGAUGUCUGUGGACCAGACGGCAGCCACCGGUGCUUGGUGCACCCGCCGCUCUGGGAGAGCACUUUGGCUUUCUUGCGCCGUAACCCGGUGGAAAGACUACCGGCGCCAGUCCUGGCCUUUAUCCUCCGCCGUGUCUUUCUUGCUCUGGAUUUUCUGCACACAGAAUGUCAAAUAAUACACACAGACAUCAAGGCCGAUAAUAUCAUGUUUGGCAUUGGGGACGAUUCGGUCUUCACGGCAUUCGAGGAGCAAGAGCUGGCCGACCCGUCUCCGCGGAAAAUCGUGGACGGCAGGGCCAUCUAUCUGUCACGCGAGCUUCAGAUGCCCAAGAUCUGGGGCGCUCCGGUUCUUUGUGACUUUGGAUCAGCCGUUACCGGCGAUGUAGUACAUCUCGAGGACGUACAGCCCGACAUCUACAGAGCACCCGAGGUUGUUUUGGAAGCACCGUGGUCCUAUGAGAUUGAUAUUUGGAAUACGGCCUGUAUGAUCUGGGAUUUGUUCGAAGGAGGUCACCUGUUCACUGGACUUGAUCCGGAGGAUCAGAAAUACCGCAGUCGAGCACACCUCGCUGAGAUGGUUGCGUUGAUCGGAACACCUCCAAAGGCGCUUCUUGAUGCAGGCAAAUCAAGCCACAAGUUCUUUACGGAACAAGCUACCGCUCGUCCCACAGGCGAGUGUCGUGCAGAGGCUCCACAUCCAAAUAGCACGUCGCUCGAAAUGAGAGAGACGAGCCUGGAGGGAGAAAGCCGAGAGAAGUUCCUCGCUAUGAUGCGGAAAAUGCUGCAGUGGGAACCCGCGAAGCGCGCCUCGGCCAAGGAGCUGGCUGAGGAUGAGUGGAUCAUGGAGCACAUGUAG